CAUCCAUUUCCCUCUCUUAUAUGAUACUUUCCUUGAAAUCAGAGUAGAAUAAUAAAUAUUUGAUAGUUAUUUCAAACUUUUUUGUGAACUAAAAUAUGGAUCCAUCCUCAUCAUUAUCUCUAGACCCCUGAUAUGAGAGUAGAAUUAUACGAGUACCUUUCUUGUUGUGCUGAUGAACCCUAUCAAUCUAUCAUUGCUGUAGAAGGACCGAACUUCCAGUAGAGCUAUUUGAUGCAGAUCACCCUGUUAGAAUUGAACCACAAACGAAAGUUAUCAUUUCCAAGUUAAGGUUACGUGAUCCUAAUCAUCCUAUUAUUGGAAUCAGCGGGUCAGAUAAAACGACUACUCUCUUGGAAUGAAACUAUCCUUAUUAUUAUUAUCUAUAUUCCCUUUUAAGAGGCAAAGGGAUGAAGAUUAUUCUUGUAAUGAUAAUGAUAAUGAACCUUUUCAUUGCUCUAGAAGGCCGAAACAUGAUGUGUUUUUGAGUUAUUCAAAUGAAGAUGUAGGCAACAGCUUCGUAAGUCACCUCAAGGGAGCCCUCCAACGCUACGGUUUUGACGUAUCCGACCACACUAGUCUCCCUGUAGGCCAAGAUGAGACUUCCUCACUGUUGAAGGCGAUUGAAGAGUCUUGGAUCUAUGUUGUGGUAUUCUCCACUCAAUACCCUUUUUCUGUGAAGUGCCUUGGCGAGCUUGUCCUCAUAAGGGAUUCCAUCUCCAAGUUUAAGAAGAGAAGAGUUUUUCCUAUCUUUUAUAAAGUUGAUCCAUCUCAUGUACGAAGUCAACGACAUGGUUGUUAUCUGCAAGCUUUCCAAGCUCAUCAUCACAACCACGCGGAUCGUGUGAGGGUUAAGAAAUGGAAGCAUGCCCUUGAAGACGUCAGUAAACUGGUUGGCGAAACUUUCGAAACUGGGGAGAACGAAGAGAACUUUGUACGUAGAAUAGUAAAAAAGCUUGGAAAAUUGAAACUUCCAGUAGAGCUAUUUGAUGCAGACCAUGCUGUUGGGAUUGAACCAAGAGCACAAGAUUUAAUUUCGGAGUUAAGGUUAGAUGAUCCUGAUCCUUCCGUUACUGCUCUUCUUGGAAUGAGCGGGUCAGGUAAAACGACUCUUGCCAAGGCUGUGUAUGAUAGAAUUGUUCCAGAUUUCGACGCCAAAUGCUUUAUCGAGAAUACCCGGUUUUACAAACGUAAUGGUCCAAAAUGGAAACAUGAUUUGCAGCAAGAUGUCUUUUCUCAGUUAACUGAAGAUGAUGAUCUGUUCCACAAUGUUUUAGCUUCUUCAAACAUUAAAAAAAUUGUAAGCAAUCAAAAGGUUCUUUUGGUACUUGAUGAUGUUGAUAAGUACGAGCAGUUGCAAGCAUUGGGUGUUCAGGAUCCUGCCUCCUUUGGUUGGGGAAGCAGAAUACUUGUGACGACAACAAAUAAACAGUCCCUUUGUGGCCUAAGAAAAUACACUUCCUACGAUAUAAAGUUGUUAAAUGAAUCGGAAUCUUCCAAACUGUUCACUGGAAUUGCAUAUGAAAGAAGCCAGUCUAAUGACAAGAAGUUUGUAGAUGAAAUAGUGUCUCUUGCUGGAGGGGUUCCAUUGGUUCUUGAGGUCUGGGGUCACUAUUUUAAAAGUCAUGAGAGGAGACAAUGGCCAAUUUUAUUGGAGAAGUUAAGAAGAAUUCCUCAUGAAGAUAUUCAAAAGAAGCUUCAAGUGAGCUAUGAUUCACUUAGUCCAAGAGCCAAGAACUUAUUUCUAGAUAUCGCAUGUUUCUUUGAUGGAAUGGACCGGGAUUUAGUAAUCAAAGUAUUACAUGAUGAAGAGAAUGCAUUCUUCCCAGAUAUUGAAAUUCAAGAUCUAAUUGAUAAAGGUCUAGUUAGAGAAGGUGAGGGCGAUGAUCGAUUGACAAUGCACGUCGUGAUUAGGGAUAUGGGCAGAGAAGUGGUACGCCAAGAAAAUGAGGAUGAUCCUGGACAACGUUCUAGAUUGGUGGGUAAGGAUGUGGUUCGUGUAUUGAGAGAUUGUUCGGGAACUGAUUUAGUUAGAAGCAUCUAUUUGGACAAGUAUGAUUUGGAUGAAGAUAUAACUAUACAAGUAGAGGCCUUUAGAAAGAUGAGUAACCUCAUGUUCAUAAAGUUGGGUGAUUAUAAUGAUAAGCUACAAUGGUCUUCUUUUUAUUUUUCUUCAAUUGAUGAAAUAAUGCCUCCCUUGUGUUUCAAACAUUUGAAAUACUUGGAAUGGGAGGAAUUCCCUUUCAAAUGCCUCGACAAAAUUGAUAUGAGCAAUGCGGUGGUAAUUAAAUUGCACGGAGGAAACCUGGAUACACUUUGGGAAGGUUUCAAGAGUCUUAUGAAGCUAAGGAUUCUAUUCGUGGAAAUGAAUGGACUGAACAAGACAGGGAGUUUCAUUGGACUUGAGAAUCUUGAGAAACUGGUUGUAAGGAACAGUCAUAGUUUGAAGGACUUGGAUGGCUCUAUUGGUUGCCUCCAAAAACUCGGUACUUUGGAUCUAAGUGGAUGCCACGAGUUGAAGGAAGUCCCAUGGGAAAUGAUACAUAAGUUAACGUCUCUUGUGAAAAUUUACCUCAAAUAUUGUCCAAACAUUUUGAACAUUUCAAAUGUACUUUGGAACCUACCCAAUCGUUUGCAGAACUCAUUUCAACUUCAGGGCAUUUCAUGUGAAAUUGAGAGCAUGGGCGAGCCGGCCCUCCCAGAUUUCCAACACAUAUAUAUAUGUUUUAAGAGUUAUCAUCAAAAGUCAGUGCAGGUUUUCUGGUCAAAGUGAUGCAUGUCAUGUCUCUUAAAUACAAACUGUCGAUCUGCCUAUAUGGCUCAACUCCAUUUGUCUUCAUUUUUAAGUAUAUAUUUUCAAUUUGUCAUUUCUUCUCAACUCUAUUACUAACAUAAUAGAUACAGAUGUUUGCA